GCGGAGAUGCUAAGAUCUGUUUUCAGCGACUCACGUUUGGACGCAAUCGAGGCACCUGACGGCGACACAUUUCGUCAGAGUGAUGCCGAAUCGGAUCAUCUCGGAGUACACUGUUACGAAGUUCGUGCCGUUCAACCCGGUCGACAAAAAGACCGUCGCCCACGUGACUCUGCCAAACGGAACCCAGAUCCUAACCACCAAAGGUGCCCCGCAGGUCAUUCGCGACCUUCUGAGCGAUGCCGCGGCGCGCGAAGCGUGCGACGCUUACAUCGCCGAGCGCGCGAGCCGGGGUUUGCGUGCCCUGGGGGUGGCGAAAUCCUCCAACGCCGAGGAGGGGUGGACGCUGACUGGGUUGAUCAGUCUGCUGGACCCCCCCAGGACGGAUUCCGCGACUACGGUCAGGGCGGCACAAGACAUGGGGGUGGAGGUGAAGAUGGUGACCGGAGACCAGCUGGCGAUUGCCAUUGAGACGAGCCGGCGUCUGGGGCUCGGAACCGAUAUGAUGGAAGGGAAGGAGCUGAUGGGCGAUCGGGAGCUCGGUGGGGACCUCAUUGCUCGGGUGGAUGAAGUCGACGGGUUUGCGGGCGUUUACCCCGAGCACAAGCACCGCAUCGUGGAGGCGCUUCAGCGCAAGGGCCGUCUUGUGGGCAUGACCGGGGACGGCGUUAACGACGCCCCGGCGCUCAAGAAGGCCAACGUCGGGAUCGCGGUCGCGGGCGCGACCGCGGCCGCCAAGGGCGCGGCUGACAUCAUCCUGACGGAGGAGGGCAUUUCCACCAUUAUUACCGCGAUCCGGCGGAGCCGCAUGAUCUUCCGGCGGCUCGAGACGUACAUCAUCUACCGGAUGGCCAGCAGCAUCCUGAUCCUCGGCUUCUUCUUCUUCGCUGUCGUCAUCAUGACGUUCGAGAUGCCCACGUGGACGCUGGUCCUGAUCAGCCUCUUCAACGACCUCUCCGUCAUGGCCACGUCGCUGGACAAGGUGCACAGCUCCGACAAGCCAAUGGUGUGGAACAUGUCCAAGGACUUGCUGGUGGCCCUCGGCAUCGCUUCCGUCGGAAUCCUGGGUUCCGUUCUGCUCCUCUACUUCGCGUCGCUCGACGAACUUAACUGGUGGCCGGCGGACUACCAGCUGGAGCGGACUGGGCAACCGGGGAUCACCCCCGGGCAGGUCGUUGCGGUGAUGUUCCUGGCGCUGGUCGCCCUGAUCCAGCUCAACAUUCUGCUGACCCGCAACCCGACGUUCUUCUGGCGCUUCGGACGCACGUCGGCGCCGCGGCCGUCCGUGAUUCUGCUGCUGCCCAUGUGCGCGUUCCUGCUCGCGGCGACAUUUAUUGCGGUCUACUGGCCGGCUGACGUGGCACCGGAUGGGGGCAUUGGCAACAUGGAAGGCGCAGGCUGGGUGCCCAUCCUGAUCACGUGGGCUUACGUCAUCGCGUGGUGGCUCCUGGCUGACCUCGUCAAGGUCGCCAUCCAGCGCGUCUUCGCGCGGUAUGACGUCAUCGUCGCCCGGUGCAAGGAGACCGGGAAACGUCACCCCACGUGGGUCCGCGCGUUGGACGCCCCCGCGGGGUGGGUCAAUCGUGUCGGGGAAUGGCUGCCGAGCCCCUCGCUCGCGUUUGCGCGCACGCUGGACGCGCGCGUGCCAGGCUCCAAGGCGCUCCUCAACAGCCGCGCGCUCGUGAAGCUCCGCAGGCGCGCUCGCGCACCGGGAGCCGCUUCCAGCGCGCCGCCCGGGUCAAAUGUCCCUUCGGCGGAACCCCCCGGAACGCUCUCGCCAACCGUGUCCCUGGUCGAGGCGGUGUCCGCAGCGUCCGCAUUUCCAGCGGAAAAAAUGUCCGCAAGGAGCGGCAGACUGUCAGCAGCAACGGGAUUGCCAACUAGAGCGACGGGCCAUCGUCUUUCCUUCGGGAAGGCGGCGGCGGCAACGGCUCUGCCAACGAGAGCGGCGGGAAGUGGGCUUACCUUGGGAAAGGCGUCGGCAGCAAGCGUGUCAAGGGACGGGAGGGGGGCGCCGGCGGGGGCCGGCGCGGAGAUUGAGAUCGUGGUCGAUCGACGUGAGUAA